UUUCGUGAACUACGUCAAUUUGCGCCCUUUGGAAAUGCACGUAGGUUUUGCGUACUACGUCAUCCUCUCUUCCCCCUAGUAACCCUCCGCGGCGUCUCAGGGAGGCAGAAUCACAAGAUGGGUUUGUUAUCGAUUUUACGGAAACUGAAAAGUACCCCCGACCAGGAGGUGCGGAUAUUGCUUCUAGGGUUGGACAACGGUGGCAAGACUACCUUACUGAAACAGUUGGCAUCUGAAGACAUCACUCAUAUUACGCCAACACAGGGUUUCAAUAUCAAAAGUGUCCAAUCGCAAGGAUUCAAAUUAAAUGUGUGGGAUAUUGGUGGUCAACGAAAGAUCAGGCCCUACUGGAGGAACUACUUUGAGAACACAGAUGUACUGAUUUAUGUCAUCGAUAGUGCAGAUCGCAAAAGAUUUGAGGAAACGGGACAGGAGUUGGCUGAAUUACUUGAUGAAGAAAAGUUGAGCGGUGUCCCAGUCCUGGUGUUUGCAAAUAAGCAAGACCUGCUGACAGCAGCACCUGCAUCUGAAAUAGCCGAGGGUUUGAAUUUGCACACCAUCCGAGACCGAGUGUGGCAGAUCCAGUCCUGUUCUGCCCUCACCGGAGAAGGAGUCCAGGAUGGCAUGAACUGGGUCUGCAAGAGUGUGAACGCUAAGAGAAAAUAGAGAUACUGUGGCUUUCACCCUGGACGCACAUGUAAAAGUUCAUGACUUUGGAAAAACUGUCAGUAGGUACAGAAAACGAAGGCACCCCUUCAAAACUAUUUAAAUUCACUUUUGCCUCUUCGAAAUGGGUCUGAUAUGGUCCUGUAUUCAUACCAUGAGUUCAAGAUAAUAGUAUCCUUUCUUUUAAACUCAAAUUUUCACAUUAUAGUCAACCAUGAUUUGACUUGGUUUCUUUAGUACAUUUCUUAACUCAUUCUGCCUUCGUUUCUUGAGAUGAAUGACUUGUUUUUAUACUAAAUGUUACAAUUAUUUAGUGGAAGUUGUAAAUGAGACAUUUGUAGAAGUGGCAGUCUUCAUCAUUCAAUUCAGUCGCUGUCUCUUGUUAGUUAACCUAAGGUCAUUUCUCCUGAUAGUAACAGAGAUACGAAUGAAUUUAAGGUAAGCAAAUUCAGAAACAUCAGUAUUGUACAGAAGAAUAGGGGACCAUCGGCAGGAUAUGAAAUACAUUUUUGAUAAUUAAAUGUAAAUAAUUUUCCACAUAGCACAUUAUUUUCUGCAUAUAUAUAUAUAUAUAUAUAUAUAUAUAUAUACACUGUUGAAUUUUACAAAUCCAGCAUUUAAGGAUUUCUUAGAGCUCUAUACUGUAAGUGGCCUGUACAGCUGUAAUCUAUACACUGAGUACAAGAGGAAGUUUGUGAUCAUCACAACAAUAUUAUUUCUGUAGUGUCUAUGAAUGUCAUGUUGUGUGUGAAAUUUCUGAAGCAUACUAAGUAAAACACUGAAAAUAUGUGCAAGUGUGACGUUCUAUUGGCUGAAAAUUGUUUUUAAGUAAUCAUACUGUAAUAUUUCUGUUUUAUUGGUUUUCUGUAUUUGAUUUGAAAUGUGAUUUGAGUUACUGCACCAAUGCUUAUACAUUAGGAUAUCUGACAGACACACACCCUCAAAACAUAUGGUGUUGACACAGGCACAACGACUUGCCAAGACACACUUCACAUACACCUACACUCACAUGAUGUUCCUUAUUAUCCAAUACCAUUCUGAAACCAUAUGGUGUAUAGUUGUGUGCUAUUGUAUUAGUUAAAGGCACAACAGAUUUUUCAGAAUACUUAAAUGUGGUAUAGGUGGCACUAUUGACCAUGUUUACCAUACUGGUAUUAUUUAGUUUGUUCAGUUCCUGAUUGUCUAUUAUUCACUGGCCUUCCAAGGGUAAAUUAACAGUAUUGUGUACAAGUCUUAGUAAGUGCUUAACAAUGUCAAGAUACACACAAAAAUAAACAAACAAGGUAGAGAAUGUCACAGUAUCAAAACUCAAUUCAAAAUGAAAGUUUAAGGUUGUGGUUAGGUAGCAGGGGAAAUCAUAACAGCUAAUAUACUAUAGGCUGCAGGAUCAAGUAGUGUGACCUCCCCUUACACUUGAGCAAUAGUAGCACCUGACUAUGGCUUUGUAAACUUUAUCCAUGAUGUGGUUUAUAAUGGACUGUGGUUCAGAAGAAACAGUGACAAUGUUACACACUCUUGGCUUACUCUAGCUAUUCUCUGCUGUCUCAGACGAUGAUAUGUUUGACCCGUUUUAGUCACCGUAGCUUCUCUGAAAGGGAGGGGUGAGCAGUGGGCUGAGCCCUUAGUGCAACUCGCAACCGACCCACUGCACCUUUAAAAGAGUGAAAAGGGUCAGAUAUGCUGAAGCUCACCAAGAUUGGAAUCGGUGGAAAAGAGUAUAAUGGAGUGACGAAGCCUAGUUUGACAAUCUUGGUUCCAAUCAUCGACAAUAUGUGAGAAGAAGAGUUGGAAGAAUGAGUGCUUGCAGUUGUCAGUGAAACAUGGAGGGUUUUUUUUUUCCUGGUGUGGGGCUGCAUUUCUGCAAUAGUUUUGGUGAUAUUGUCUGAAUCAAUGGGAUCAUGAAUGCUGAAAAGUACAGACAGGUUUUAAUUCAUCAUGCCAUUCAUUCUGGAAAGUGGAUGAUUGGGAAUGGUUUUAUUUUUCGGCAUGUUAACGAUCCCAAGCACACUGCCAAUAUUUGGAGAGAAAAACGCUGACAGUCAUGGACUAGCUUCCAUAGAGUCUAGACCUGAAUAUUAUAGAGGCAAUAUGGGAUCACCUGGACAGAGAAAUAAAUAAAAGACAGCCUAAAUCCAAAGAAGAACUUGGGAUGUACUGAAUGAAGCCUGGUGAAAUAUACCAGAAGAUAACUUCAGGAAAGUCUUCCUAAAAGAGUUCAAGAUGUGCUUAGUGUCAAGGGAUGUCACACUAAAUACUGAAUUUUGCCUUUUUUUGUAUGUUUUGUUGUGUGUGUGUGGGUACAUAUUUCCUGUAUUUUACUUGCAUUGCAUCUUAAGAGACUGAAAAAUAAAUAUGUAAGGUCGUUAAAACCUUGCUAAAACAACA